AUGACAUCAGGAAGGUUUCAGAAGGGUGCAAGAAAGCUAAUGGCUAUGCAAACGGCUGUAAAAGCGUUCAAGCCGGAAAAGAAACACGAUGUAGAUGUUCCUGCUUUAAAGAAGAAAUUUUUGGUGUUAUCUUAUCAUGAUGAAGUUGAAGAGAUUAUCAUAACAUUUGCAGAUCUUUUGUGUGAAUAUAAUAUUCCAGUGAAAUUGCUCGUAGAUUUGACACAAAGGCAAGAAUGGAAAAUACUAGACGAUACAGCUGUUAUUUGUUGCUUUCUAAGUGCUCGUUACCAAAAUUCGCCAGCUUGUAAAAACCAGUUAGAAUAUGCUAGCAUGGCGGGUGCUGCUGUUGUUCCAUUCCAAAUGAGCAAAAAGUGGAAACCAACUGGUUGGUUAUCUUCUAUUACGGAUGGCCGUAAGACCAUUGAUUUUUCCGAAAUAAAGAAAACAAAUAUUGUAUCAAAAACAGUUGAAUUAAUCUAUGAGCUGAGAACCAUUGUUGGCAAAAAACUGGAUUUUGGAGGUUUUGAAGGUGAUUUUAAUUGUCCAAUACCUUUGGAAGAACUUCAGGAGAGCACAUAUGGUGGAAAAUUUAUAAUUUUAAGAAAGGAUUUUGGUGAUAGUCAUAAUAAGGUCUUGAGAAUGGUGCACGAAUGGCUUGGAUAUUUACCAGUAGGAUACAAUAUUGAAAAAAUUGAAGUUGUAUUUAAUUCUAAUCGUUAUCGAAUGUUCGAGGGACAGCUAAUGUCCGCAGAACAUCGUCAAGAACAAGCUGCAUUUCAACCAAAUUUAUCGAUUGAAGACAGCCAAGAAGAAAGACAAAAUGUGUUAGACAAAUUGUAUGACCUAGCCAAGAAAGUACAACACAAUAGAAGAGUACGAAUUGUUCGUAUGUGGCAUGGAUGUAAACGCAGUAUAUUGCCUAAUCUAUUAUCGGAUGGUUUUGCAACAUUGAGUAUUCUUGAUUCUGGAUGGUUUGGUAGCGCAAUGUAUUUAACAUCAUCGGCUAAGUAUGCCACGAACUACAGUGGAAAUCACGAAUGUUUGGUCUUAUGUUACGUUCUGAUCCUAAAUCCGUUUCCUGUUGUUGCAUCUGAUGCACCAUCUACCGCAGAACCACAGCAAUUUCGUUUUUAUGGUGCUGGCAAUUAUAAAAGUUAUCAAUGCCAUUACAUUCCUGUUUCUCCUAGUAGCCAUGGCAAACCGUCGGAUUAUCGUCCGCCUGCUGAGGGAACUUUAUACGCUAAAUAUGAUGAACUGGCUGUUUUUCAACAAUCUGAUAUUUUACCUCAAAUUGUUGUGUAUUUGAAAUAA